UGUUGCUCUGGACAACGGAAGUGUGGCUGCGUGGAGUUGAGCGGGAAUUUCGGAAGGAUCCGCUGAGGUUGAGUUCUCUGAUAUGAGCAACCAUGGAUCUGAAAAUUUUAUCUCUAGCAACAGAUAAAACUACAGAUAAACUGCAGGAAUGUCUUCAAAGCCUGAAAGCUGAUGAGCUGGCCAGUCUCCUUCAGAACCAAGCGGUGAAAGGAAGAGCUGUUGGAACGUUCCUGAGAGCCAUCCUCAAAGGCUCCCCCUGCUCUGAGGAAGACGGAGCCCUUAGGAGAUACAAGAUAUAUUCUUGCUGUAUCCAGUUGGUUGAAUCAGGAGAUUUGCAGCAGGAUGUCGCAUCGGAGAUCGUAGGAUUACUAAUGCUGGAGGUUCACCAUUUCCCAGGCCCGUUACUUGUUGACUUGGCCAAUGACUUUGUGGGUGCUGUCAGAGAGGACCGCCUAGUGAAUGGAAAAUCUUUGGAGUUAUUACCCAUCAUCCUUACUGCCUUGGCCACCAAGAAGGAAGCCCUGGCUUGUGGGAAAGGUGAUUUGAAUGGGGAAGAAUGUAAGAGGCAGUUGAUUGACACCCUGUGUUCUGUCAGAUGGGCUCAACGGUACAUGAUCCAACUCACUUCCAUGUUCAAGGAUGUCCGUCUAACGCCAGAAGAGAUGAAUCUUGUGGUGGCCAAAGUGUUGACGAUGUUUUCAAAGUUGAAUCUUCAAGAAAUUCCACCUUUGGUCUAUCAGCUUCUGGUUCUCUCCUCCAAGGGAAGCAGAAGGAAUGUUCUGGAUGGAAUAAUAGCCUUCUUCAGGGAGCUGGACAAGCAGCACAGUGAGGAACAGAGCGACGAUGAGUUGUCAGAGCUUGCUGCUGCCCCAGCAGACGAGCUCCAUCACGUGGAAGGCACCAUUAUUCUGCACAUCGUGUUUGCCAUCAAAUUGGACUGUGAAUUGGGCAGAGAACUUCUGAAACACUUGAAGGCCGGGCAGCAAGGGGAUCCCAGUAAGUGCUUGUGUCCCUUCAGCAUCGCCCUGCUCCUCUCUCUCACGAGAAUACAGAGGUUUGAGGAACAGGUGUUUGAUCUUUUAAAGACGUCCGUUGUGAAAAGCUUUAAGGAUCUUCAGCUCCUCCAAGGCUCAAAGUUUCUUCAAACUCUCGUCCCUCAGAGAACUUGUGUUUCAACCAUGAUCUUAGAAGUGGUGAAGAAUAGUGUCCAUAGUUGGGAUCAUGUAACUCAAGGUCUGAUAGAAUUUGGUUUCAUCUUGAUGGAUUCCUAUGGGCCAAAGAAGAUUCUUGAUGGAAAAGCUGUUGAAAUUGGCUCCAGUCUUUCUAAAAUGACAAACCAGCAUGCAUGUAAGCUAGGAGCUAAUAUCUUGUUGGAAACCUUUAAAAUCCACGAGAUGAUCAGACAAGAAAUUCUGGAGCAAGUCCUCAACAGAGUUGUUACUCGAACAUCCUCUCCCAUCAGUCAUUUCUUAGAUUUGUUUUCAGAUAUUAUCAUGUAUGCACCUUUAAUUCUUCAGAACUGUUCAAAAGUCACAGAGACUUUUGACUACUUGUUCUUUCUGCCCCUCCAGACUGUGCAAGGGCUGCUCAAGGCAGUGCAGCCGCUUCUCAAGAUCAGCAUGUCGAUGAGAGACUCCUUGAUCCUUGUCUUGCGGAAAGCUAUGUUUGCCAGCCAGCUGGACGCCCGGAAAUCUGCAGUUGCUGGGUUUUUGCUGCUCUUAAAGAACUUUAAAGUCCUAGGCAGCCUGCCGUCCUCACAAUGCACGCAGUCUAUUGGAGUCACGCAGGUGCACGUGGACGUCCACAGCCGAUACAGUGCUGUCGCCAACGAGACUUUUUGCCUUGAGAUCAUAGACAGCCUGAAAAGAUGCUUAGGACAGCAGGCUGAUGUCCGGCUCCUGCUCUAUGAGGGCUUCUACGAUGUCCUUCGCCGGAACUCUCAGCUGGCUAGUUCAAUCAUGCAGACUCUGUUCUCACAGUUAAAACAGUUCUAUGAGCCAGAGCCUGAUCUGCUACCUCCUCUGAAGCUAGGAGCUUGUGUUGUGACCCAGGGAAGUCAGAUCUUUCUACAAGAGCCGCUGGACCAUCUGCUGUCUUGCAUUCAGCAUUGCUUGGCCUGGUACAAGAACAGAGUAGUCCCCCUGCAGCAAGGAGAUGAAGGAGAGGAGGAGGAGGAGGAAUUGUACCAUGAGCUGGAUGAUAUGUUGGAGUCCAUUACUGUCAGAAUGAUCAAGAGUGAGCUAGAAGACUUUGAGCUGGAUAAAUCAGCAGAUUUCUCUCAGAGCACUAAUGUCGGCAUCAAGAAUAAUAUCUGUGCAUGUCUCGUAAUGGGAGUGUGUGAAGUUUUAAUGGAAUAUAAUUUCUCCAUAAGUAACUUCAGCAAGAGUAAGUUUGAGGAGAUCCUGAGCCUCUUCACAUGUUACAAGAAGUUCUCUGACAUUCUCAGUGAAAAAGCUGGUAAAGGCAAAGCUAAGAUGGCCAGUAAGGCCAGCGAUAGUCUUCUGUCCAUGAAGUUUGUGUCUGAGCUUCUCACUGCUCUCUUCAGAGAUAGCAUCCAGAGUCAUGAAGAGAGCCUGUCUAUCCUGCGGUCCAGCAGCGAGUUUAUGCACUAUGCAGUGAACGUCGCUCUGCAGAAGGUACAGCAGCUGAUACGAACAGGGCGCGUGAGUGGUCCCGAUGGCCAGAACCCAGACAGGAUCUUUCAGAACCUCUGUGACAUAACUCGGGUCUUACUGUGGAGAUACACGUCAAUUCCUACCUCUGUGGAGGAGUCGGGGAAGAAAGAGAAGGGAAAGAGCAUCUCGCUGCUGUGCUUGGAGGGUUUGCAGAAGAUACUCAGUGCUGUGCAGCAGUUCUAUCAGCCCAAGGUCCAGCAGUUUCUCCAGGCUCUGGAUGUCAUGGGCACAGAAGAAGAAGAAGCAGGUGUCACUGUCACUCAGAGGGCCUCAUUCCAGAUCCGGCAAUUUCAGAGAUCCUUGUUGAAUCUGCUUAGCAGCGAAGAGGAAGAUUUUAACAGCAAAGAAGCCCUCCUGCUCCUUACGGUUCUCUCCACCCUGUCCAAGCUGCUGGAACCCACCUCCCCUCAGUUUGUGCAGAUGUUAUCCUGGACAUCUAAGAUUUGCAAGGAAUACAGCCGUGAGGAUGUCUCAUUUUGCAAGAGUUUGAUGAACCUGUUCUUCAGCCUGCAUGUCUUAUAUAAGAGUCCUGUCACCCUGCUUCGUGACUUGUCCCAGGAUAUCCAUGGGCAGCUGGGAGACAUAGAUCAAGAUGUAGAGAUUGAGAAGACAGACCACUUUGCUAUGGUGAACUUGAGAACGGCUGCCCCCACUGUCUGUCUACUUGUUCUGAGUCAGGCUGAGAAAGUCCUAGAAGAAGUGGACUGGCUGAUCACCAAGAUCAAAGGCUCGGUGAACCAGGAAACUCUCUCAGGUGACAUGUCUCCAGAAGAUGCCUCUUCUCAAGCCGUUCCACCAAAUCUUCUCAUUGAGAAAGCUAUCAUCAUGCAACUGGGAACGCUCGUUACAUUCUUCCAUGAGCUAGUGCAGACAGCCCUACCAUCCGGCAGCUGUGUAGACACUUUAUUAAAGGACCUGUCCAAAAUCUACAGCACCCUAACAGCAUUCAUCAAAUAUUAUCUCCAGGUAUGUCAGAACUCCAGAGGAAUUCCAAACACUGUGGAAAAGCUGGUGAAGCUGUCAGGCUCUCAUCUGACCCCCGUCUGUUACUCUUUUAUUUCUUAUGUACAAAAUAAGAGCAGUAACAACCCAAAGUGCUCAGAAAAGGAGAAGGCUGCGGUUAGCACAACCAUGGCCAAAGUUCUUCGUGAAACCAAACCAAUCCCUAACCUUGUCUUUGCCAUUGAACAGUAUGAAAAAUUUCUUAUCCAGCUGUCUAAAAAGUGCAAGGUAAACCUGAUGCAGCACAUGAAGCUGAGUACGUCUCGGGACUUCAAGAUCAGAGGCAAUGUCCUAGACAUGGUUCUCCGAGAGGACGGGGAAGACGAAAGUGAAGAGGGCGCUGCAUCAGCACUUACACAGCAGGACAAAGAACCAGCCAAGAAGAGGAGGAAGAAAUGCCUGAGUUAAUGCGACCUUAGGGUGUCUGCUUCAUUU